UGCUGAGCCGACCACAGAACCACGAGCGAGCCAGAGGCUACCUGCGUCGCCGGCGGGGUUUUCCUCUUCCUCCCCCUUGCUGCUGCCUCUCCCAUCCCUCCACCUCCUCCUGCCUGCCUCCAGCUCCUCAAGGGGAGCUGAGCGUCAGGACGAGGGGAUGGCUUCCAACAGCAUCUUCGACUCCUUCACCACCUACUCCUCUUCUUUCCUGCGCGACCCGAGCACCAGCAGGCGCUUCACACCCCCCUCCACGGCAUUCCCCUGCGGUAAGAUGGGAGAGAACAGCGGGGCGCUGGGGGCCGCCGCGCCGGGCGCUCGGACGCGACCCGAGGUGCGCUCCGUCGUGGAUGUACUGGCCGACCACGCCGGAGAGCUGGUGCGCACCGACAGCCCCAACUUCUUGUGCUCCGUGCUGCCGUCCCACUGGAGGUGCAACAAGACGCUGCCCGUCGCCUUCAAGGUUGUAGCCCUCGGAGAUGUACCUGAUGGGACGGUGGUAACAGUGAUGGCAGGGAAUGAUGAAAACUACUCUGCAGAGCUCCGCAAUGCCUCCGCCGUGAUGAAAAACCAAGUAGCAAGAUUUAACGAUCUCAGAUUUGUUGGGAGAAGCGGCAGGGGAAAAAGCUUUACCCUGACGAUCACAGUGUUCACCAACCCCACCCAAGUCGCUACCUAUCACCGAGCCAUUAAAGUGACUGUAGACGGACCCCGGGAGCCACGAAGGCACAGGCAAAAGCUGGAAGACCAAACCAAACCCUUCGCUGACCGCUACGGGGAGCUGGAACGGCUGCGCCAGUCCAUGAGAGUCACCCCGACGACACCCAGCCCUCGCGGAUCUCUCAGCACCCCAAGCCACUUCGGGUCACAGGCCCAGACUCCAAUACAAGGCACAUCAGAUCUGAGCCCCUUCUCAGACCCCCGGCAGUUUGACCGCUCCUUCCCAACGCUACCGGCUCUCACCGAGACCAGGUUCUCCGACCCGCGGAUGCAUUACCCCGGCGCCAUGUCCGCUGCCUUCCCCUACACCGCAACGCCCUCUGCGACAGGCAUUGGGGGCAUCAGCAUGACCAGCAUGCCCACCACCACGCGCUUCCACCACACCUACCUGCCGCCCCCCUACCCUGGCUCCACGCAGAACCAAAGCGGACCCUUCCAGGCCAACCCCUCUCCCUACCAUUUGUACUACGGCACAUCUUCGGGCUCGUACCAGUUCUCCAUGGUGGCAGGCGGCGAGCGCUCGCCCACCCGCAUGCUCUCUUCUUGUACAAGUGCUUCAGCAGGGAACAACUUAAUGAAUCCCAGCCUGGGCAAUCAGAAUGACGGGGUCGAUGCAGAUGGGAGCCACAGUAACUCACCGACUACCAUGACGACUACAGGGAGGAUGGAUGAGUCGGUCUGGAGACCCUACUAGGAGGAACACAGCUGGGCACCGACCACUUUAACUUAAUUGGCCACCGUUACGUUACUCCUUUUGGUAGUGAAUGCAGCAAAAUGAGACCUAGGGAAAACGUAAACCAAAGUCUCCCAAAUCAAAAGCAAACCAGGAUCCUCUACAUAGAAGCAGGGCAAACGUCAAGCGAAGAUGAACCAGGACCUAUGUUACAUUUCAAGAUAAGUGUCCACAAGACUUGAAUUUGUCGCUUGAUGUGGUUCCUUUCAUUUGUUUUUAAUAUGUGGAUUGUACAUAGGAAAGAAAAAAGAUGUGUGGAAUCAGAUAUUUGUUUAUUGCAGAACACUUCUCAGUCAUCUCACUCGCAUCCUCAUCCCCACACAAAGCAUUCAAUAGUUAAGAAAACCUUGUCCUUCUGCAAAAUGUUUCAGAGAAGAGAAAGGACCAGGAAAUAAUCCGAACCAUCUCUCUGCCAAUGCAGAAAGACUGAACUGGAAAGAAAAAAAAAAAAGAAGAAAAAAAAAGAAAAAAACUUUGUCUCCUCUCAGUCCCUCCCCGCCAGUUUAAGGCUCCUGACUACCAAAGAUCCGUGGAACGACGCCAGAGCCACAUGCCGCACGUGAGAGUCUGGUUUACAGCACAACCGUGGGUUCUCGGGAAUGCACGGAGGCUGCGCAUUCCUCGUGGGUCAGACGGCAUCAGCCAUGUGAACAAGAGCUGUGAUGUGAUUAUUAUUAUUCUUUGUUGACGACAGAGGUUGUAUUGUUCAUUUUUUUUGUCAUUGUCGUCAUUUUUAAAACAGUAACGUGGCUGAUCCUGUGCCUGACAGACCCUCCCCUUUCCUGUAUGUUUACAUAUGAGAUGUACUUUUUAUGAGAUGUGUUUUGUUUUGUUUGCUCUUUUGUCCUGACCUCACCAUUUAGUUCUUUGCCCCUCUUUAGCAAAUCUCAAUGAUGGUGUCUGAAGCGAAGGCAGUGUUCAGGACAAUCCAAGAUGUGUGAGAUGCACUUCCAAGCAAGCGUGUUACCUGCAGAGUGACUCAGAAACCUUUGGCAUGACCCUGCCACUGGUCUCUGGGUCUUUCUUUCAUUCUCUCUGAGUGGCUACACAUGCAGCUGGUGGCAAAAGCAUCAUAUUUCUGUUAUGAUUCUUUCCUGUGUUUUCACCUAGAGUGGAUUGACACAUGAUGACUUUUUUUAUUUAGAAACAACUUACACUUGUCAGUUCAUGCUGAAAGCUCUAACUGAGAUUUGGAGAAAGGAGCAGUUUCUACACAGUCCCCUUGGUGGUGGGAAGAUUGUGAAGCAAUGUUAUCUGACAUUUUCCAAGCACUUACCCUCCUUUCCAUUCUCCCAAGUGACCCAGAGCACUGCUAUCAUGCUGUAGAUGAAUAAGCUGAAGAACAGGCCCUUAAAGCUACCACUGGCGCACUGUUAGCUGGUUGGAUUGUGUGGCAUCUGGAGGAACCAGGUCCCUCAGGCACCAUGCAGACACGGCCUCAUAGCUGGUACCAACGAGGCUGUGACCUGAACGAGACUGCACCAGGUGGCAGCAGGCAGCCGGAGAGGUGGCGGGGCUUCCCCUACGCUGAGUUAGUGGCCUGGCCCCAAUGCACGGCACAGGGUUAAGCCGCCUUCCACCAGCCGGCCACACUUUCUGCUGGUGUGCAAAUUGGGGCUGGGUUCUGGACCAAGUCUUAUUUUUUCCAUGUGUAGGAAAAUUUAAACCCUCCAGCUGACCUCCCAGUCCCUUCUGUCUAAUUUAUGCCAUUAUACCUAUCACCAAAUCUCAGUUGUAGCUUGUCAGCAGUCAGCUGAGAUACAGAGUAUUGUAAUUGCACUACCACGUAAAGAGUGGAGCAAGACAUCCUGGCUUAGUUGGAAAGCUGUGAUGACCACUCAUGAGUUAAACAAGCAACAAGAGGAACAACUCUUUUAAAUAGAAAUUUUUAAAAGCCCUACCCCAGCAAAACUGCAACAUUUACUUCCUUAGCAACAGGGAGCACCUCUCUGGUGCUUGCCAGCUGUAGAAACUGGACCACAGCAGCAGCCUGUGUUUUGAUGCAUUUAUGUUUAUCAUCCAACCACGCCACUGAUUGAAAGCACAAAGAAAACAAGGCAUUCGUAGUACUAGGUUAAUUUAAGACUGUUCAUAAUGAAUUUUUU